AUGUCAUCGACUAAACAUCAAACAUCAAUCCCCGUCGAGUCAUUUGAAAGUAUUGUGGCCAAAAUACUAGAUAAGUCAAAUGAUCACACUAUUAAGUGUUUCGACAAUCUGCUUAAGAAAUCAAACGAAAACCUUGAAAAAGUCAUAACUCUGUCCAACAACAUUCUUGAAAAGAUAUUUGAAAAGUUUGACUCCAGCCUGACGUUGGUUAUUAAAAAGUCAAACGAAAAUUUGCGCAAAUCACUGGCUAACUCGGAGGGUUUAAUGAGCAAACUUUUUGAAUCAACAUUGCUGCGAAUGGAGGCUCUCAGUAAUAGCUUCGAGCGAGCGGUCAAAAGUAUGUCAGACGCCGUCACUGAUUCGAUGUGUCAACUUCACAAUACUAUGUCCACAUUGUCCACCAGUGUUUCUGAGUGUCAGAAACAGGUAUUGAAGCUUAACAAGACACCAAUGAUUGAGCAGAUGACCAAGGCUCUGUGGAUAGUUGAACGAGAGCGUAAAGAAGAGGAACGCCGAGCCAAUAACGUGAUCAUUUCUGGUCUUGUGGAGCAAUCAGGAAUCAAUGACAGAGAUAUUGUGUUAGAUCUCUGUGAGAAACAUCUGGCGAUCAAACCACAGGUCGUUAAAACACGUCGUAUUUGCAGGUCAAAACUAUGUGUUACCUUGUCCGGACCAUCGGCAGUAGAUGAUUUAAUAUCCUUUUCUAGGAUCCUACGUUCAAAGCAUGAUACGAGGAAUAUUUUUAUAAAUUUUGAUUUGUCAAAAAGACAGGCAGAACAAGCUUACAUCAAGCACGACGCCUUGCCAAACCAGCCGGUGACAAAUCUAAAGCGGAGGAGACUGACAAAGGACAGCCCUUUCGUUAAAAUCAGGCCUCUUAGGUUGGCCUCAGCUAACGUCAGAAGCUUACAAAAUAAAAAGAAUGACUUAAUUUUAUUUUUAUUGGAUUAUGAUUCGGGUAUUUUUUCUGUUGUUGAGACAUGA